AAGGCCUACGGACACCGAUGAGAUACGAGAUAUUUUGUCACCACCCGCGAGAAUGGCGACUGAAGAAUGUCAGAAAGGCAUAAGUGGUGGACAUAGAGUGAUGCAAUUCGGAAUGUACUACAUAUGCCAGCCUAACCUUUCCAGCAAGGUAUUUCAAAACUAUGUUUUCCCUCUGCGUAAAUCAUUCUGGAGUCUCCAAAGGAUUCCUGAAGAAGGCAUGCAGAACUGAAGCAAGUUUUUAACCAUGGUCUGAAAUUAUGAACAAAUCAGGCUAUAGAUAGUCGAACUCAAAUGCAUAUGUUUUUUUCCUUUUUUUCUCUUAGAUUAUUAAUGUGGGGUUUUCUGUAAUGAAGUUAUUAGUUAUUAUAAUGUCCCAUCAAUUGUCGUAGGCUAUUUUGUGUUAUGAUAUGGACAUUCUAUAAAAUGUUAUUACUUUAGAUUAGCCUAUUUCAUUGCUUUGAUGUCGGCAGGAGGCAGUGGCAUUUUGACAAAUUAUUCUAAUUAUCCUUGACCGCAUCAGUGGGGCAAUGCGUGAGUAUAAAGUCGUGGUCCUCGGCAGCGGAGGUGUCGGCAAGUCUGCUCUCACCGUGCAAUUUGUGACCGGAACCUUCAUAGAGAAGUAUGACCCGACAAUUGAAGAUUUUUAUCGAAAGGAGAUCGAGGUGGAUUCCUCCCCGUCGGUGCUGGAGAUUCUGGACACUGCUGGGACAGAGCAGUUUGCUUCUAUGAGAGACCUUUACAUCAAGAACGGCCAGGGCUUCAUACUAGUCUACAGUCUGGUCAACCAACAGAGUUUCCAAGACAUCAAGCCAAUGAGAGAUCAGAUCAUCAGAGUUAAAAGGUGAUUUCUGAGUUUGA